AUGUCCCUGUUCGCAUGGUGUUCGCGACGGGCCGGCGGCCUGAGCAUGCUGGCUCUACUGGGUCUUUGCUACUGGGUCAUUUCGCAAGAGUCGACUCUCCAACGGCAUGGCUACAAGUCUGAGCGACCGAGCGCGCCUGGCGCAUCCUACUCGUCAACGUCGACGUCGGGCGCCGGCAUCUGGACCUUUGUCUUCGCCUACUACUGCCUGCUCAUCCACGUCCUGGUUUUCCUCUUUCCCCUGCGUGCCUGCUGGUCUGUUUGGGACAUUACGCAGUCGCUCAGGCGGUCGGCACAGAGCAAGGCCCUCGAGAACUUCAAAAUGGGCCUGCGCAGACGCGGCUCGAGUACCUCGAUUUCCAGCUCCGAAACGCUGACCUCGGACACGUUGACCUCGGACAGCAAUGCUUACUCGUCGACCGUCAGCGAAGCUAGCGACGUGGAGCCCGAGCUCUACACGGACAACACAGAUGCUGCUCAGGACCCCGUUAUCCACGCCAUCAUCAUCCCCAACUACAAGGAGGAAAUGGACACGCUCAAGGAAACGCUCGAGGUGCUGGCCUCGCACCCGCAGGCGCACCUCUCUUACGAUAUCUACCUCGGGAUGGAACAGCGUGAGGCCAACGGCGAAUCAAAGGCCCUGACCCUGAUUCAAGAGUUUGUCAAGAAGUUCCGCUCAAUUGACUAUGCUCUCCACCCUGCCGACAUCCCCGGCGAAUCCGCCGGCAAGGGCAGCAACCUGGGCUGGGCCGCGAGGAAGCUCAGCGCAAAGUAUUCAAUGGGAGUUCGGAAGAAUGUUAUUGUCACUGGCAUCGAUGCCGACAGCCACCUAUCGCCCAAGUACUUUGCCAACAUCACCCUGAUGCACCUGUCCCACCCGGAGACGGCGACGACGACCCUGUACGCUGCGCCCAUUGUCUUCGACCGCAACGCCCACGGCGUGCCCGCCAUUGUCCGCGUCGCCGACAUCUUGUGGUGCGCCGCCGGUAUCUCGGGCCUCUACCGCGGCUCGUCCAUCGCCCCGCCGACCUCAGUCUACUCCCUGCCGCUGGUGCUGGUCGACCGCGUGGGCGGCUGGGACUGCGACGCCGAGGCGAUUGGCGAGGACUUGCACAUGUACCUCAAGUGCUUCUUCGCCCUCAACGGCAAUCUGACGUGCCGCACCGUCCUGAGCCCCGUGAGCCAGAGCAACGUGACGGGCGGCGGCAAGGGCGGCAUUCGAGGAACCAUUGUGGACAUGCAAGCCCGGUACAAGCAGGCCCUGCGGCACAUGUGGGGUGCUCUGGACACUGGAUUUGCGCUGAGGAAGGCCGUCGAGAUGUGGCAGGAGCGCAAGCACACGUCCCGGGGGUUCCGCCCUCUGCAUCGCAGCCAAGGCGACAGCUCCAACUGCUAUUUCCCAGUCAACCAGCUCUCCGACGGCAGUCCCGAGCAACCGCGCGAGAGCGGCGUCUUCUCGGACGUGACCCAAGAUACGCUCAAGGAGCCGCACUGGGAGCACAUCUUUUACCUUUUCCACCGGUUGUUCGAGGCGCAUUUCCUGCCCGUGCACAUGACGAUUCUGGUCCUAGCGUCGGCGCUGUAUGUCUGGGUGACGGACGGCACCGACGACCCCAACAAUCUGGGCUGGAUCUUUACUCUGUGCAACAUCCUGCGAACGUUGGGCUUCAUGGAGGUGGCGUGUUACCUGUUCCUCUACGAAAGCUUCCACCGGAUAUGCGUCAAGACGCGCGAACGGGAGAUGACCAAGGCGGGACUCGCGGACGGCAUGUGCUUUUCUCACCGAUCGAUCAAGAAGAACCUGCUCGACUACGUCUUGGUGCCCCUGGUGGCGCCGCUAUACGGAGCGAUUCCCUGCGCCCAGGCAGAGAUAUCCCACUUUUGGACGGUGGAUUUGGUUUACACGGUCAGCAAGAAGGUGACGCGGCAACGAGCCAGGUCUUUUAUAGUGGUCGACGACUUGGCAUGA